AUGGCUGGCAGUUCGCUGGCAAUCCGCUCCAUGGCUACCAUGCAGCUGCCGUCGGUGUCGCGCCGGACCAUCUCAACCUCCAGCGCGCUCCGCACGAAGCUGCUGCGCCCGACCAGCUUCUCUCAACCCUCGCGUAUUACUCGCCGCACCUACGCUGAUGCGGCGCCCACGCCCACACCGAACCCUGCCCCGAAGCCCAAGAAGCGUUUUCGAUUGUUGCGCUGGUCCUGGCGCUUGACCUGGCUCGCUGGUAUCGGUCUGACCGGUGCUCUGGGCUACAGCAUAUAUUCUCUGCGUCACCCGGAGGAGCAAUUCGAAGUCGACCCGGACAAGAAGACACUGGUCAUUCUCGGAACCGGUUGGGGCUCCGUCUCGCUGCUCAAGAAGCUCGACACCGAGAAUUACAAUCACCGCUCGAUCAUGGAGCCCAUUCGGAACAUCCUUCGUCACAAGAAGGCGACCGUCAAGUUCUACGAAGCUGAGGCUACCAAGAUCGACUACGAGAAGCGCGUUGUGUACAUCAGUGAUGACUCCGAGAUCAAGGGCGAUAUCUCCCACACUGAGGUUCCUUUUGAUAUGCUUGUGAUUGGUGUGGGCGCUGAGAACGCGACUUUCGGUAUCCAAGGUGUCCGGGAACACUCCUGCUUCCUGAAGGAGGUCAAUGACGCCCAAAACAUUCGGAAGCGUAUCAUGGACUGCGUCGAGACAGCGAUGUUCAAGGAUCAGACACCCGAGGAGGUCAAGCGCCUGCUGCACAUGGUUGUGGUCGGUGGUGGCCCGACUGGUGUCGAGUUCGCGGGCGAGCUGCAGGAUUUCUUCAACGACGACCUGAAGAAGUGGAUUCCGGAGAUCAAGGACAACUUCCACGUUACACUCGUGGAGGCGCUGCCCAACGUUCUGCCCAUGUUCUCGAAACAGCUGAUUGACUACACCGAGUCCACCUUCAAGGAGGAAGAGAUUACCAUUCGCGCCAAGACAAUGGUCAAAAAGGUGACGGACAAGUACAUCGAGGCGGAGGUCACCAAUCCCGACGGAUCCAAGGAGUUGGAGACUAUCCCCUACGGUCUGCUGGUCUGGGCUACUGGUAACGCUGUGCGCAACGUGGUGCGCGACUUGAUGAACCAAAUCCCCGCUCAGAAGGACUCGCGCCGUGGCCUUGCGGUCAAUGAGUACCUGGUGGUGAACGGUGCCGACAACAUCUGGGCCGUUGGCGACUGCGCCAUUAACAACUACGCGCCGACCGCCCAGGUCGCCGGCCAGGAGGGUGCCUUCCUUGGCCGUCUGUUCAACAUCAUGGCCAAGACCGAUGCCAUCGAGAAGGAGCUGAAGACUCUCUCCGAGGCCCAGUCCCACGCCAAGGACGACGAGGCGCGCAACCAGAUCUUUGACGAGAUCCGCGAGCGUCAGAAGCAGCUCCGGAGAAUCAAGCAGAUCGGCCCCUUCCAGUACUCCCACCAGGGCAGUCUGGCCUAUAUCGGCAAGGAGCGCGCCGUCGCCGAUAUCAGCUGGCUGAGCGGCAACAUCGCCAGCGGCGGCACCAUGACCUACCUUUUCUGGCGCAGCGCCUAUCUGAGCAUGUGCUUCAGCACUCGCAACCGUGUCCUGGUCGCCUUCGACUGGGUCAAGGGUAGGCUGUUCGGCCGUGAUGUCUCCCGAGAGUAA